CUCAGUGUAGCGUCAGCAGGCCAACUGUACACUAGUCUACGCUAACUUCAGCACGGUGAUUGGCGUCUCCAGGGCACGUAAUUGCCCCCAGCGUUCAUUUUCUACCUGUAUAUUUGUAUUGCUGUAAAGCCAGCCAUGGAGUGUUAACCCCCCACCCCCCCUACCCCACCAGUCCACCCACCCCCCAACCAUGAAUCCCACCAGUUCCCUAAAGUGUUCUCGUUUCUGCUGUCAUGAGGGUGCCAUUGGCCUCCAAGAUGACUGGCUGGGCCAGGCAGAAGUACUUGCCGCCCAAGACGCGCGUGAUACGUGUGAUGCCAAACACGCCAGCGCUGAUCCAGACAGGUGCCUCCGUGUUUGCACCAGGUAAACAUGCGCUGGACAACGACAGUGAUGUCGUGGCCACUCUACUGUCCAGUAUAGGCAUUUGUGCCGAGACGUCCGAACAAAUGAUGGACGCAGUGACCGGUUUGAGCGGCAGUGGACCCGCAUAUGGGUACAUGGCAAUAGAAUCAAUGGCCGAUGGAGGGGUCAAGAUGGGCCUGCCCAGAGACCUGGCUGUAAAACUUGCUGCUCAGACACUUAUGGGUGCUGCUAAGAUGGUCCUGGAUACAGGCAAACAUCCAGGUCAACUGAAGGAUGAAGUCUGCUCACCAGGGGGCACCACGAUAGCAGCAGUCCACUCGCUUGAGAAGUCGGGAUUCCGCGCCUCUCUCAUUGCUGCUGUGGAAGCAGCAACUGAACGAUCCAAAGAACUUGGGCGUAAGGAAGAAGAGGGAUCGUCACGGCAACAGAAAAGGAUAUGACACGCAGAAACAACUGCUGCUGCUGCUGCCAUCUUUUGGAAUUUUCAGUUACUAUUUUAAGUUGAUACAUUGAAACAUUUGUUUUAUGUAUUUGUUAGUUUGAAAUAAUAUAUAUAUAUAUAUGUAACGGCUUUCAGCGAGUGACCAUGUCACUUUAUUUGUCACAGCUCUCAUAUGCCAUGAGUAGUAAACAACUUUUUUGUUAACAGCUUGCUUUAAAAACCAGGUUUGAAUAAUGUUUUCAUUUACUUUGAAGAAAAGUUUCCUUGGUGUUUUUAACGUAGCAACAUAAAC